AUGCAAAUAGCUCCUUCUCCAGUACAAAUUCAUUCAUCCUUGACUCCUGCGCCAGUAUUGCUCAACGCCAAACCGCAAACCAAAACCAAAAAGACAUCAGCACUACCUCGCGCCUCUUCCCUUGCUCAGACAAGUGACCAGCAGACCUCCAUCACACAACAGCCAAGGUCGUCCCUGCUUUCCACCCAACAAAAGAAAAAACCAAAGACUUCCACCAAGGGAACCGACCGACCUCCCUCCACUCGCAAAGUAUCUUCGAGAGCCUCAUCGAAUUCGAACCGCAUGUCUCCGAGCGAAGUGUCCGUAAACAUUAUAGAUUCCGCGCAAAAAAUUCCUGCGUCGCGACGUUUGUCCAACGUUUCCACCACCUCUUCAUCGUCAAGUAACCUGUCGGGUCAAACUCGAAACCGAACUCACACGGGAAUCAAUUCUUCGACAAAUUCGUCGAUAUCAGAUGUUCCCGAUGUACCCGAUCUUCCAUCCUGGCUGCAGCAUCCGCCGCACGUAAAAAAUUCUGCUUCGUCGCUCCAACAACAAAAACCCCCCUCACCACCUCAUCGAAGGUCCAGCGGUCUCUCUAAAAAAUCUAAGGAAGGAAAGGCCGAGGUGACGAAGCUGUUGGAAUUGAUAGACUCCACUCAACAAGAUCAGUCGUCGACCACCUCCUCGUCUCGCAAGAAGUCCAGUCACAAACAAGAUCACUCUUCUUCAUCAGUCACGAAGGAUUCGUCGACCGAGAUCACUGUUUCAGCGAAACAGCACAAAAAGAAUAAAUACAAGGCUGCAACCGAGGAGGCGUUGAAGCAGUUCAAUGACCUGCAGCUUGUAGAGAGUAAGAUUGCUAGUCAAACCAGUGAGGUGAUGGCCAGGAUGAAAAAUCUCUUUCAAAAUAAGCAACCUCAUAUCAUCAGAGAUGACGAGAGUGACGAGGAUGCUUUUGGAUAUUCAUUUGACGAGGAAUUACAGAACAAACAACAUGGUCUCUUAGGAACCGAGAAGUCAAAAAGGACGCCGUCCGUUUCAAGGCGUCAAACGGGCACCCAACCAUUGCCCAUCAGGCAACCGUUGGUUCGCCGUACAAGCGUUCAGGACAUCGUGAAACCGUCGGCUGGUAACCACACCAGCAACCCUUCGAUCGCUCACCUGUCGACCUCCUAUGAUCCGAGAAGAAGGACCAGUACAUUGAUGGACGGUUCGGUGCUUGGCAACCUCGCAAAACCAGGUAAUUGGGGUCAUAAUCGAUUCGCUAGUGAUAGUGCCGGUAUUGGGGUUACUUUGACAACGAAUGUACGGGUGGAUGUGGCGAAUAGUAAGAAGUCUCUAAAAAGUUCACGUUCUGAAGAGAGACUUCGCCAGGAUAAAACAAAGGGUAAAGAUAAACGAAAAAAUUUGGACAACUCGUUGAACACGAAAAAUCUUGCAAUGGAACAAUUGGAACAACUGGGCAUGUUCUCUAAAACAGAACCAGAUAAUCUAGAUACGAAUGGUUCCACCACCACCAAUCACAAACGACGAAAGUCCAAUAUGAACGCGAAUUCCAUCUCAUCGCCAAGCUCGCCCACCCUGCCGUCGCCGAAGAACUCUUCCAGCAGAACCACCACCCCCACCCUUGCCUUGCAUCGGCUAUCUCAUCCACCGCCCUCGAAGGAUGCUCUACCUCUACCACCGGUGCCCUCGGUUCCUCCAAGCAUGCUUCCGCAACCCCGACUGACCAGGGUCAACGAAGAGAUUCCCCCCGUGCCUGCAUUGCCCGUCUCCAUAAUGAAAGAAUUGAGUGCGUCAAGUGGUGAGAAGAAGAACGUGGUGAUCUCCUCUUCAAGGAAUGGCGGCGCGUCUCCACGUGACCGGAAGGAUAACAAGAGCACCGAUGGUCAUAAGAAGAAGACCAGGCCGAGAGGAACGACGCUUCCGGCGAACAUGAAUACUCCGUCUCAACUCGCCGCUCUCACAUUACCUCCCAUCAACAUUCCGGCGCUACCACCGACCGUAAGGAUACCAACGCACUCCAAUCCCAACAUCAAAUCAAAGACUCCCACAUCCAACCUGAGAAUACCACCCACGACACCCACCUCCUCUUUCUCAAAGAUUCCCACGCCGACGCUGAUUCAACCCAGGACGCCAAAAUUCGGGAAUCGGUUAUCAUCGCCGAAUGGAAAAGGGCUGAUGUCGUCGAAUUCAAAGGUCGCACCGGUGUCGCCCAGCAAGCAACCCUCGGAUUCGAAAUCCUCAAGGGGAACGCUGCACAGCAAUAGUAGUGGCACGUCGUUACCAUUAUCGGGCAGGAAGAGUGCCACGACGCCCAGUAAAGCCGAUGGCCAAGCGACGAGGUCGACGUCAAUUUCCAAGCGCCCAAGACGACUGUCGAGUACGAUCGCCAGCAUAUUUUCGUCAAGCAGCAAAAGCAACAACAGCAGCAGUUCCACAUCAAAGACUCCCACGAACAACGGUCUUUCGACGAGUUCAAUUGUGGGCAGUCGAAAGGCCAGAACCACCUCCCAACCUGCUCAACCUUUGUGCGUGAACACUUCGGCCGCUAACUUGGUUAACUCGCCGGUGUCGUUGAAACCCCCUUCCGGCUCCUCUUAUCACAUGGAAUUGGAUUCUUCCUCUUCUGCCGCUAGCACCCCUAGUGGUUAUAACAAGGCGUCCAACCAUCCGGAGGAAGAUCACGUCGCCAGCAGCGAAGAAGAGAUUACCGGUUUACCGCAUGUGAAUGAAAAGAAGGAAAGAGAUCGAAAAGAGCGGAAAGGACAGGAAACGCAGACGAAGAGGGCGACUCCGGUGAGCCCCAGCGUUGCGCUGAAAGCCUAUGCACCCUACCUGUCCUUGUAUGAGCGCUCCGAAAUAAUGUCCUUCCCGGAUGUCUACUUCGUUGGACCUAAUGCCUCGAAAGCCGCAGCAAGCCCUGAACUGACCGGUUGCAACUUUGGGUUUGACGAUGAGCGGGGAGACUACUUGGUCGCCAUCGGUGAUCAUUUGUGUUACCGUUACGAGAUUGUGGACAGCAUUGGUAAGGGUUCCUUCGGGCAGGUGCUUAAAUGUCUGGAUCACAAGACGGGUGAAUACGUCGCCGUGAAGAUUAUUCGAAACAAGAAGAGGUUUCAUUGUCAGGCGUUGGUUGAAGUUAAGAUACUGGAAAAUUUGAACAAUUGGGACCCCGAUGAUUCUCAUAAUAUUAUACGCAUGGAGGAUCACUUCUAUUUCAGAAACCAUCUCUGCAUCGUCUUUGAGCUCCUUAGCAUGAAUCUUUACGAGUUCAUAAAAAGUAACGGCUUCCAAGGCUUCAGUCUGGGGUUAAUAAAACGGCAUAACGUGGUCCACUGCGACUUGAAGCCAGAGAACGUGCUUCUAAAACAUCCUACCAAGAGUAGCAUAAAGGUUAUCGAUUUUGGUAGUAGCUGUUUUGAAAACGAAAAAGUUUACACCUACAUCCAGAGUCGAUUCUACCGAUCACCCGAGGUCAUACUGGGAAUGACGUACAAUAUGGCGAUAGAUAUGUGGAGUUUAGGGUGCAUACUUGCCGAGCUGUACACGGGCUACCCACUAUUCCCGGGCGAGGGCGAACAAGAGCAGUUGGCUUGCAUCAUGGAGGUUCAGGGUGUGCCAGAGCGUUACCUUAUUGAAAAGAGCACUAGGAAAAAGCUAUUUUUCGGUAAUUCUUCAUCUCAGGAAAUGAAAAUUUGA